AUUGUAUAAAUACCGGCGAGUUCCUUCUAAUCAGAGCCCCACAUCGGCACAAGUUUAAUCUCACAACUCAGUCUCGUGAAAAAAGAAAAAAGAAACUACCAGCCUCGGAGUUUCUCACAACUCAGUUUUCUCGCUUUUUCUCUCUUGCAAACGAGCCAGUAGUCUGAAAGAAAAAAUAACCCCAACGAGGACAUGGAACAGCCUGGAGGCCAAUCAAGCACCGGAGGCGUUAGCGAAAAUCAGGCCGAGCGAAGCAACCCCCUUGGCUACCUCCUCACCGCUUCUUCGGCUAUCGGCAGAGUGCAAGCCCCUCUGAGGGCAUCGUAUGAGCAUCUGGGGCCUUUCAGAGGUGGUGCACCACGCUUUGGUCCUUCGACCGCCAGCGUCUCCCCUGCCCGGAGCCCCCAGUUCAACAAUCUCCUUGCCAACCGUACCGUGUCUGCGGGGAGCAACAAUGGCGUGGGUCGUGGACUGCCUUUUCCCACGCCACCACGCGUGGUGCAAGGGCAAGGAUCGAGGUACCACGCCACUGGAAGGGACGGUGUUUUGCCGUCAUCGCUUAUGCAAGCUCGGAGCACCGACCAUUUCACCUUCCAGUCGUCGGAGCCACGCUCCAUGGCACCGAACAGGGGCAACCACUUCUAUUCGCAGUUUCUCGCGCCGCCGCGACAGGUGGUGCCUGCGCAGUUCCUUGGUGGUCUGACCCCGACGGCUUCCGGGGUUGUCAACGCUUCGUCGGCACUAGGAGCAUCAGAAUCAACCCGAGCACAGAGUGUCUUCCUGCUUAACAGCGUAGACUCCGGUCGGCGCGAAAUGCUUGCACGAGAAGCAGGCACCAGUAUCAUGCAACGGAGAGAGCCGACCCGCCGUGUCGGGGAGCUUGCCUUUCUCCCAGGCACCGGAUCUGUGCAAGGCAUGGAUCCACUGGGCUUCGACGACGGUCUCCAUCAUGAGCGUUCGCUUCUUGUAGGCACAGGAUCUGUGCAACACACGACUGGCUUUGACGACACUCGCCUCCAUGGGCAUUCUCUUCUUGCAAGUACCAGACCCGCGCUGCGCAUGGAGAUGAUGGGCUUCGAGGUUCAUAGCCUCCAUAGGCGUGUGCUUCUUACAGGCACCGGAUUCGUGCAUCGCACAGAGCUAAUUUGCUUCGACAUAGGUGUCUUUAGGCAUACACUUCUUGCAGUCCCCGGAUACGUGUCACGCCUCAGCGCUGGCACAAGGCAAAUGAUGGAGUCAUCAGGCGCAGGCAUGACACGUGAGGACAACCGAGCGGCGGUGGCGGUGAGAAAUGAGGCCAUAUUGCGGCGCCUGAAUAGGAUGGUUAGGGUCUUGGAGGAUGGGAGAAGAGCCCGCGCUGACAUCCUUGCAGCUUCUCGUGGUCGUGGGCGGUGAGGUGGUGGCAACCGGGCGCUGCCAGAUGGGUGGAACUAGCUAAGGAGAUGGAUCCCGCCGGUCGACGAAUAUCUUUCGACAUGAAGAAUAAAUCUUAGAUGUGCCUUUACUUUGCUAGAGUUUUAUUUAAAAUAAAUGAUCACCGGACCAAUGCCAUGUUUUUACUACAGUUUAUCGUCAUUGUAAGAAGGAUUUUAGUUUUAUCCGUUUCAUGUUUCUAGGUGAAAUGCAAUUAUAUAUAUCUCUUGAAUUUUCUUUU